UAUGUUAUCUUCCGAAGAACCUCCUAUGCAGCAUCAACAACCAAUCUAUUCUCGUUCUGCCCCUUCUUUGGCUGCACCUGCUAUCGGUACAGGGCCAAUUAUGCCUGGAAUGGCUCUUCCACCUCAUUCAAAUUAUCCGCCAGGUUAUCCAAUAAUGAUUCCGUCUCAUGGAAUGCGUGAAGUUGUGGUGAGGCCACAACAUGGGCGUCAUUCUCAACAUCAAUCUUCACAACAAUCAAAAACUGGACUUGUUAGUGGAUAUUCUGAUGCUGCUGUUAUUUCCGCGGAGCCGCAAGUAGUUAAACAUAAAACGGAUGCUCCUCCAUCUAAUGUAGAAACAACAAUCACUGCUGGCCCUCAAAUGCGAAAUGUAACGAAAGAAACAACUCGUUUUGUACCUACAGCAGUAAAAAUUCAACGUCCCGUUGUUCCAACAGUGAUUGGACCAAAAAUUCCAACAUCCUCUGUUGCUGGACCUACAAAACUUUUGCCAAGAUCUUCGCAAAUAAAACCUACUCAAAAACAAACGACGGCAGUAAAUUCUGCCAUAGAUGCAACAAAAUCUGUGGAUGAAGCUUGUGAUGAUUUUUUGAAGGAAUUGGAGGGAUUACUUUGA